AUGUUCGUCUGCUCCGUUCAUCAGCAUAACCACCACCGACCGCGGAUCGACGAACGCCAAAUGCAUCCCAAGCUGUACGAGCUGUUGCGCUCGCGAACCACAAAGAUCAUGUUCGGAGACGAUGAGGAAGCCGGUGACGAACACCACCAGCAGCAGUCACAGACCGUAGCGGAGGAAAACGGCGAUAGCAACAGCACAAUAGGAAGCAACAACGGUAACAACAGCAGUGGAAAUAGUAAUAGCGUUAGUAAUAGUAAUCACAGCAGCAGAAGUAACAGCAGCACCGAAAUGAAUGGCGGCGGUGGAAUGGAAGGUUCGGUCGGCCACGAAACAAAGCAUGAGCCGGAAAUGAGCGAUAGAAGCCCAUCGCGCCCGGGUGCGACACCUUCGCCUGCAGACGACCAUCCAAGCGCCGGGGCGGUGGCGGAUCAUCACCCCGAACCGGACAGGGGCGACACACCGGCGGAAGAAGCGAUGUUGCAGCUGCGCGAAAUUAAGCAAGAACCCAACCUAGAACCGGAAACGACCGGCAAAGAGCACCGGCCCGGCUCGACGAGCUCCUCAUCCCAAGGCCAAACGCCCUCACCGACGCCCGUGCCGAUGCUGCGGCUAAAUGUGGCACUGGCGUCCGAUCCGGCCGCAAACCCGGACGCAAAGGAUCUCAAAAACCUGAGCGAUGCCGAAGCCGCCCUCGAGGAGAAGCAAUCUCAAACCCAACAGCAACUCGCACUCAACAUGGCGAUCGGUCCACCACCGGCACUGCUCGGUGGGAACACGCCGCCUGCUUUGCUUAGCCGUAAACCGACGCCAUCGCUCAAAGGGCCGGAAUUGGCGUUGCCGGUAGAAUUGCCACCACGGCUGCCCAUGUACAUUUGUGGGCCCUGCGGCAUUCGAUUUUCUUCCGCUUCGACGCUAGAAGCACACCAGACGUACUACUGCUCGCACCGCAAAGAUGCGGACGAUGCAGGCGGUGGUGGUGGCGGCGGCGGGACGGGAGGCACAGGAUCCAACGCCGGCACGGCGAGUGCUUCCACAGCCCCGAGCGGUGUGAAGAAUGCACAUUCCGGCGGUGAUGGAACUGGCGAACCACCGGCAAAAGCGCUCAAAACGGGCAAACAGUACGCCUGCUCGCAGUGUUCGUACAGCGCGGACAAGAAGGUAUCGCUUAACCGACACAUGCGCAUGCAUCAGUCGUCUCCAUCGCCAUCACCGGUCGGUGCGAUCGUAAACGGUGACGAAGCCGUCGUACUCGCCGGCCACCAUCAUGUGCAGCAGCAACAGCAACAGCAGCAGCAGCAACAACAGCUUCAGCUCAUCCAAGCACAGGCAGUGGCCGCCGCCGCUGCCGUUCUGCAUCAACAGCAACAACAGCAAGGACAACAAUCGCAAGGACCAGCUCCACAGGUCGAUCGUUACUGUUCCGAUUGUGAUAUACGAUUCUCCAGCACCAAGACAUAUCGGGCGCACAAACAACACUACUGCAGCUCGCGGCACCGCGAAGGGCAACAGUCGAACAACUCGACACCGAAACCAUCGUCCGCACCGAAGUCGGGUUCGCAGAGCCCGCCAGAUGUACCGAAAACGCCACCGGUGGCCGCCAGCCAGCAACCGUUUCUGGCGCUGCCCACCAAUCCCAUCAUCGUGAUACCGUACUCGCUGAUCCGAGGGGCUAGCGUGAUUCCCGGUUUGCUCUCAUCUCUUGCACCAGGUGUGGCCAAUCCCGAAUCGGCUUGUUUCAUUUUUCAAAAUGGAAGUUUGCAACCGAUCGCCAUGUCGCUAGCGUCACAGGUGCAAGCAGUAACGGCUGCCAUAGUUCCGAGCGGUUUUGAAGGGCUGGUCGGACACAAUCAAGCACAGCGACCCACGCCUGCUUCCGGUGUGAUCGGUUGCAAUCAACAGUCACAUCAACAGCAGCAGCAGCAGCAACUAUCCCGCGGACCGACGCCAAACAUAUCGAACAGUAGCGAUAAUAACAGUGUGCACAGCGGUGGUUCUGGUGGUGUUGGUGGUGCAUCAUCCACCGGUGAAGUGCUCAAGGCGAUCAACAAGCGAGACAACUCUGCGAACAAAGAGCAACCGACCGGUUCUACUCCGCUGGAUCUUUCCGUACGCCGACUAUCACCCGGUGCGAUUGGAAGUUUAAGUCUUCGCGAACGAUCGCUCUCGCUGUCGUCGGCCGUUUCGGCUGAUCCACGACUAGAUUUCGACAGUCUCAUGGAGGGAAAGGAGAAUUUAUCGGUCAGCGGUGAUUCACUCACACCGGAACAGAUUGUGUGUGCACCGUCGUUGCCCGGUAGUCCACCGCUUACACCUUCACCGAAGCGUCGCUCAAACAGUCCGCGUGGAGGCGGUGCGGGUGGUCAACCCGUAUCAGCCGCUGUAGCCGCAGCAGCAGCAGCGGCCGUAGCUGCUGGACAGCAUAGUCUCGGUGGCCCUGUAGGUGGAUUGUCCAUUUCACCGCUAACAUUGCAGCAGCAACUCAUGCGACCACUGCUACCGGCUGACAUAGCACUGCGCCUAUCCGCCGUUGGUGAUCCGGCCGUUAAUCUGAACCUCAACAUCCUGCCCAACGCACAUCCGCUACUGACGAAGCAAGGUGUCGAGCUGGCGCUGCGGCUUUCCUCCUCGGGAGGGUCCGCUUCCGAUGGGUUGGCGAAGCCACAGAUAUCUCCACUGCUCAACAGCAUCUCUCCAACGGGUGGUGGUCCGGUGGCGGUUGCCUCCGGCGGGUCCACGACCGUUCUCACUUCCCAAACACCGCAAAUCUUCGUCAAGCAGGGCGAUUCCAAGUGCAAGGAGUGUAACAUCGUGUUCUGCAAGUACGAAAACUAUCUCGCCCACAAGAAACAUUACUGUUCCGCCCGCAACCAGGACGAUGGUGAGCUGCCCAAGGUCAGUCCACCGAUUUCACCGCAAGCGGGCGGUGCCUUACCUUCCGGGGCGAGUCCAUCGAUUAGCGUCGGUUCGGUUGCGUACCAGCAGCUGAUUUGUGCGGCAUGCGGUAUCAAGUUCACCUCGUUGGAUAAUCUCAGCGCUCACCAAAUGUACUACUGUCCGAAGCGGAUCGACGCUACACUACCAGUGAACGCCACACCAGCGGCUGUAGUGACCGCGCAACCGCACAAGGAACGUUGCUCGAAGUGUAAAAGUAUGCAUGAACCUGGCCAACCGUGUACGGUCGCCGGUCACGGUGCGUACAAGUGUCCGAUCUGUGAGGAGAUCAGCCCUAACUCGACCGAGGCACGUCGCCAUAUGGAUACGCACGGUGGCGUGAAGGCGUUUCGAUGUACGAUCUGUCGGUACAAGGGUAACACAUUACGCGGCAUGCGCACACACAUCCGUAUGCACUUCGAUAAGAAAACGAGCGAAUUUAAUGAGGAAAACUUCAUCACCUGCAUACUGGAGGAGGACGGAAUCGAAAUACCACCGGCAGGAGCGCAGAAUGCAGCCGCCAUGGCGGCAGUUGCUGCUGCGCAUGCGAUCGCCUCGCAAAAGUUCGCCCCGGUACAGGAGUCGCCGGAUCAUACGGGGGUACCGCGCAUUUCACCACCCACGGCACCGGCCGGCAAUGGACAGAUUGUGCGGCAUCACUGUGAGUUUUGUCCGUACAGCUCCAGCUAUCGGGUGAAUGUGGCCAAACAUAUCAAACACGUACAUGGCCGGGAAAGGCCUUCAACUGGUCACUCGCCGCUAAUCGGCGAGGGAGGUGAAUCUUUGCUGUACAAUGGAACGAUCGGUAGCGAAACGGGCAGUUCCAUUGCACGACCCCCGGUUGCCAGCACACCAGGGCUUACCGUGGCUAAUAGUCAAGUCAUUAAAACGGAACCAAAGGACGAUGUGCCGGCCAGUGGCACCAGUGGGCUGCAGGAGGAUGCGGACAACCCGGACAUUAAUGUGGAUAUAGUGAUGGAAGAACCGGCCAUUAAGAGCGAACUGUUUGAUCCACAUAUGCCCUCACUCAACUCACCGCUCGGUUCACCACCGUCUCCACUUUCCUCUCCCGCCAUACCGACACUGCUACCGGGGGCCAACGUGACCCUGAAAGUGAAAUCUCAUCCAACGGCAACCGCAACCAACUCACCACCAUUGGAGCACGGCAUUAAAACACCUUCGCCACCGGUAGUCGAGCCGUCCUCCGGUGGUUCACCAUCCACCCACCCAUCGGUCCUUCCGCCCGGUCCAAAGUACUGUGACACGUGUGACAUUACGUUCAACUACACCAACACGUACAUAGCGCACAAGAAAUUCUACUGCAAGGCAGCGAUCGCGGCAGCAGCGGCCACAGCGAGUGUCGCUGCCAACACCACAACCGGACCCGUUGUUGGACGACGUAGUGCAUCCGCAUCGCCUAGCCGGGCAGCAACCGGUGGUGCGACAAGUCCUGCCGUCGCAGUGGCCGUCAACCGAGCGACGGAAACAUCGGUCUAA